AUGAACUACUCAACAAUCUCACAAGAAGAAUUUAACGUACAAGUUGCUCGUCAUUUCGAUUUAAUCACCUCUGAUAGUCGUGCUAGAAUUACUCCACAAAUCAAAGAAUCAUUAAAAGAAAUUUCACAAAGAAUAAACCCAACUUCCUCAACAAAUAAUGAAGAAUGGGAUUCAUAUAAAUCAGAAUUAGUUACACUUUUUGGUGAUUACAUUAAAUCCAACAACAUCGCAGAAUCAAAAUACUUUUAA